UAUGAAACUUUACAAGCAUAUUCCUUGAUAUAAAUCACCUGCCUUGAUCUUCUAAGAAUGUACAAUAGGUUGGUUCUCAUUCGACUUUUGUACAUCAGAUCGAUCAAAUUAGUCCAACUUGUUGCACCUCAUUGUUGAUCUUUACAACAUAAAAACUUUCUACCUUAUUGAGACCUAUUAAAUUAUAUAUCAAGUAUCUUUGAGUUAGAAUAAGAUGAGGUUCAAAAUAGCGAGUGCAUCAGAAUACUUAGUAGUGACCGGGGUUGGAAUCACGGAUAUAAAGCUAGCAAAGAAGGCUUGGAUAUUACCAGGGCAAUCAUGCACCAAAUUUGACAUCUCACCGGUCAACUACACCUUCGAGGUACAAGCCAUGAGUUCGGAAAAGCUGCCUUUUAUCCUUCCUGCAGUGUUUACCAUAGGGCCUAGGGUCGACGAUGAUGUUAGCCUUAUCAAGUAUGCCAAGCUUAUUGCUCCUCACGACAAGCGCUCCCACCAUGUGGAGGAGCUUGUCCAAGGUGUGAUCGAGGGUGAGACACGAGUACUUGUCGCCUCCAUGACCAUGGAGGAGGUUUUUAGUGGUGCUAAGAAGUUUAAGGAGGAAGUCUUUGAGAAGGUGCAGCUUGAGCUUAAUCAAUUUGGACUGCUAAUUUAUAAUGCAAAUAUCAAACAAUUGGUAGAUAUUCCUGGCCAUGAAUACUUUUCUUAUUUGGGCCAAAAGACCCAAAUGGAGGCUGCUAAUCAGGCCAAGAUCGACGUUGCAGAAGCAAGGAAGAAGGGGGAGAUAGGAUCAAAGCUGAGAGACGGAGAAACUCUGCAAAAUGCGUCGAAAAUCGAUGCAGAAACGAAGAUAAUAUCAGUGCAAAGAAGUGGAGGAGCAAAGAAAGAAGAGAUAAAGGUGAAGGCAGAGGUGCAAAUAUAUGAAUUUGAAAGAUUGGCUGAGGUGGCAGAAGCAAAUGCUGAGUUGGCAACAAAGAAGGCUAGUUGGACUAGAGAAACACAGGUUGCUGAGGUGGAAGCUGAGAAAGCAGUCAAACUUAGAGAAGCAGAGUUGCAAACAGAGGUUGAGAGGAUGAAUGCUUUGACUCAAACUGAAAAAUUGAAGGCUGAAUUUUUGAGUAAAGCUAGUGUUGAGUAUGAAACUAAGGUACAAGAAGCAAACUGGGAGUUAUACCAAGAACAAAAAGGAGCAGAAGCAACUCUAUUCAAGAAGGAAAAAGAGGCUGAAGCCCAAAAAAAACUUGCCGAAGCAACAUUUUACUCCCGUCAACAAGCAGCUGAUGCUGAACUUUAUGCAAAGCAAAAGGAGGCAGAAGGUAUACUUGCACUUGCACAAGCACAAGGCACUUACGUACGUACCUUAUUAGAGGCACUUGGGGGCAAUUACGUCGCACUAAGGGACUAUAUGAUGAUUAACAACAGCAUGUUUCAAGACAUUGCUAAAAUAAAUGCUGAGGGUAUUAAGGGCUUGCAGCCUAAGAUUAGUGUGUGGACAAAUGGAGGUAAUAUUGGCGAGGGUUCGGGUGGUGGCACGGCAAUGGAAGAGGUUGCAAAUGUUUACCGGACUUUGCCACCUUUAUUCAAGACAGUUCAAGAACAAACUGGGGUGGUUCCGCCUGCAUGGUUGGGCUCACUUAAGGACAAUAAUGGUCGUAUAUACGAUUGACUUUUUACUUCAAAUUUCUAUUGUAUGAAUAAUUUGAAGAAACCGUUAGUUGGGAAGUACUAUUAAAGAUUUAAAGCAUUGUACAUUGAAUUUGUUUAAGAAUGUAUUGAUGAUUUAUGAUUGUUAUUUGCACCCAAAAUAUAAUAAA